AUGUGGCGUUUUCAGGUAACAUGGACCGUGAGUCAUCCCGGCGUGUUAAAAAUGGUUCAUCCUUUUGGUGGAUCGAUAUCUGAAAUCGACGAGAAUCGUUUUGCAAUCUGCUUGGAAGGUGGUAGUGCGGGAUCAGCAAUUGUAAAAGUUCGCGUAGAAGUGGCCCCACAUGCUAAACAGCACUUUGUUCGAUCGAUACGUGAAUUUGAAGACAGUAUAGAAAUUCGUGUAGAAGAGCCGUUGUCAAUGCGUCAACCUAAGCUACCGGUUCCUUCCAUACGACUAGCGCAGAACUCUCAGAUGCAGCUGGAAACAGCAUGGCCACAGUCUGUCGUGGAAUUCUCUGUACCGCCUGAGUACUCUAACCGGUUGUCUGUCACGAAGUCAGGUACCAUCAAAGCAAAAUCGAUUGCGGGACCAGCAGCAGUGGUGGUUCGUCGUACUGACUCACCCGAUAACGAAACUUCGGUUGUUCCGGUAACGGUGAUGUUCCGUGAUUCACGUGGUCGUCAGCUGUCCGCUUCCUCACUACCGAUAAGCUAUCGACCGCACAGGUUCGACUUGACGGAGAUUGUCCCAGCUCAUUUGAACAGGACCCUCACUGUCACAAUGAAGUCGCCAGGCGAAACAGUUCUAAUGAUCUGGAACACAGCUGUCCCUUCGCAAAGCGUGUUCGUCAGGCUAUCCGCCGUUGAACAGCUGUAUUCAUCGCACAGGCAACCUGUAGUGUCAGACAUAGUGUGCUUUGAAUCGCCACUGGCAGGAUCAAUGCGCUGGUCAUCAAGUGAUGACCGUAUUGAGUGGCUAGAUGCAGAACAAGGAGUAGCGAAGCUGUCCCAGUCUGGCAGCGCGCAUGUUACUGUAAACGUUGCGGAUCAAAAGUUGACAACCACGAUGUUUAUUCGUGCCGCAGCACAACUGCAUUUUGCUGAUGAUCAUCCGAAGUUUGUUACUAACGCGGAGGGAAUUUCAUCAGAGUUCCCAGUAAAUGUUGCUGCCAACGGAACUGAUUCGUCACCUACUGCCAUGACUGGUUGCACCGAAUCACAAUUGGAGGCCCUCUCUUCGAUUCGAGCUCCAUUCGAAUGUAUUGCGACUUUCACUAACAAUAAGAUAGGACCAGCUGUGAAUAUACUGUCUACGAGAGCCGCUUUCUCGCCACGCAAUCGGCUGUAUGCAUGCGUUAUUGAACGACAAGAAGCCGGAUAUGUUCGCCUGGACGUAGUUAAUGCACCUCAAAUGGAACUAAAAAUAACAGCGAAAUGGUUGGGCGAUUCUCAUGUGAAAACUGAUAACCUCGCCCUGGGAGUUGGCAGCAGCGCCAGUGUUCAGUUCGAGGGUGGUCCUAGGCCUUGGCUGCACGAUCCUUCGAUCUUUUACACUGAAGCUUCUUCUGUUAAUCAUGUCACCUCUUCGAUUCUCGAUGAAUCCUCAAUGAAAUGUGCCAUGAAGACCGGCUCUAUACGGUAUAACCCUCCUCUCGCAGACUCUCUAUCAUCCUUACAACUCGAAUAA